GUGAACUAGGAGUUCAGCAAAAUAGGAGAGUUGAGAUCAUUGUUCCACUCAGUGAUGAGAAUCCAAGGAUCAUCUUUUCAGGAAACACUGAAGACAAACCCAUCAGUCGUGGGAAUAGUGAUAUCAGUGACGGUUCUGAUGUCUUGAACAGCUCUUUUUUACCAUUAUCGCCUUGUCCCAAACCACCUCCUUCGAGUCCAACAAAAGCUAAGAACAACGAAAUGCUAGAAAAUCCUAUCCAGUCAUCUUUUAAUCUCAAAUCGGAUGUGGCAGUGGUAUUUGAUGAAGAUGAUAGACUUGCGGUUCAUAGUCAACACCCAAAUUUUGAAGAAGAAAACAUACCAAUAAGCGAAGUUCUUUCGGCAAAAUUCUUGGACACAAGCACAGCUUUUCGUGGUGAUAGUUCCGUAUACACUGGUACAUCAUUGCUAAAUAUAUUGGCAAAUGAUCUUGGAAGAAAUUUUCCAACUACUCCAAUCCCAGAAGAGCCAAAAGAUUAUGCCGGAUUGAAAAAUAAAGAAGAUUGGAUCAAAUCAUUGAAUUCAGCAUUCGAAAUUGAUGAAGAUUUGACUCAGGAGCUUGAAGGAAUGGGUGUUAUAAUGCCUGAUAUUGACCAAUAUUCUGAAAGCCCUUCAUUAAUUGAAGGAAGUACGUCUAAGCCAAAAAGUUAUAAAAAAGCAUUCACUUUAUCACCAUUAAGCAUCAAAAAACGAAAUCCUCCAACUGCAAAGUCACCACCGUUGGACCACGAGCCAAGCUCUGGUAAUCCAUUACAAAGUGCUGAGAGUAAUAGACCUUUGAGUACGGAGAAAAUUACAGGCUUUUUGAACAAGUUAUCUGCAAGAAUUACAUCUGCUUCUGGAAAUUUUUCUAAAGUAAACACCCGUGUCACUUCUCCAAAAUUUAAUCAAAAUACAUCAUACACAGACAAAAAUGGAGAUGAGAUUACAAGAGCUGGUGUUCUAAAUGAGGCCAUGUCGCCACCUGGUACGUUGACUGCGAAAUUAUUUGAAGAGAAUGGAAUUGGAACAAAGAGACUACCAAUUACUGGACAAAAACAUUUUGUUGAAACAAUUGUAUCUGCAGUUGGCAAAACUGAGAAAAGUUCACAACCAGUUUCAGAGGAAGAAAAUAAUGAUGAAAAGAACAGAGAAGAAAGCAUUGAUGAACCAAAACAUAGCACAGCUUCAAACAAUUGGAAACCAAAUAAUAGAUUUUUGGAUUAUGCUUCAAAGAGCCCACUUCACAGAAAAAAGACUAUAAAGAAAAUCUUUACAUCUAGGUCCAAAGAAUCUGCCCCUACAGAUCACACCAAGGAAACUAGAGUACCUCCAAGUACUGCAAUAUCUGAUGAAACGAGCGAGGGAAAGUUGACAUGGAGAAACUCAAUCUUUAGG